AUUAAUGAGCCCCACCCAUCAAGGUUAUAUAAAUAAGUUCUAUAAAUAAUCGUCAACAAACACCUGUUUAUCUGGUCUUCACCAUGAACACCUUUCUGUCUCUCGUGGUCCUGAGUGUGAGUCUGCCCACCUUGCUGGCUCUAGACUACCGUGCAGUGUGGCAGUUCAGGGAGAUGAUCAUCUGUACCAUCCCAAAUAGCUGGCCUUUACUGGAUUAUGCAGACUACGGAUGCUACUGCGGCCUGGGAGGCUCAGGCACCCCGGUGGAUGCACUGGACAGGUGCUGUCAGGUGCAUGAUCAGUGCUUUUCAGACUCAUGGCAGCAAGAUGAUUGCUGGGGUAUUUUAGACAACCCCUACACUAAAGAAUAUUCAUUCUCAUGUGACAAAUCGGCAAAGAAAGUCAGCUGUCAUGCUGACAAGAAUCGCCCCUGUGAGAUGUUCAUCUGUGAAUGUGACAGAAAAGCAGCCGAAUGCUUUGCAAAAGCGGGUUACAAUCCAGCAUACGAGCACUAUCCUAGUCAAAACUGCAAAUGACCUGACACUUGAUAAAGUUUUAAGACUGUCCUUAAAGUCUCAUUAAACUUUGCAAUGGUG